CACAGAGGAGCUAGGGAAGGGGGCUGAGGCCUGGGUCAGCUCCCCCUUUCGGAGCAGCCCUGAGCUGAGGGGGAGGACCCCAUUCCCCCAGAGGUGCUGGGCCCUUCCUGCUGGGGGUGCGUCUUGCCGCCCUGGGCUCGCUCUUGGUUUCCCCAUCUCUGGUUUUCUUUCGGGCUCCUUCCUCAUUAUGGGCUCUCCCCGGGCCUCCCUCUGCCUCUUGCUUGUCUCUGUGGCUUCUUCGUGGUUCCUCCACUUUCCUACUGUGCCCAGGAGGGCCAUGAACAGGUGGCUCUGCCGGGGAGGGUGUGUGUGAGCGUGUGUGGGCGUCAUCUCACACUGGAGGUGCUUGCUGCAUGUAUAUGGCCGAGCUUGUGCUGCUGUGUGGGGCCCUGAGGGCUGGGGAGCGUUCUUGCCUCCGGAUGGAAUGCACUCAUCUUUAAAGUCAUUGUGCCUUUGAGAAGUUGGAAGGCAUAGCCUGAAGGGUGGCUAGCCGCUAAGAAGUGUGCUGUGUGUUCUGGGCUUGCUUCCUGGGACUCACUUCCCAGUGCCCCUGGGCUCUGCUCUCCAGCGGGAACCUGGGCCACUUCUCCCCUUUGCAGCCACAGCUGGGGCUGCUGCAAGGGGCCCAGCUGCCCGUAGCUUUCCCAAGGAGUCUGGGACCCUCAUUCUAGCCCCUCUGUCCUUGGCUGCAGGUCUGGGUGCCCUCCCCUCCCAACCUGAGGGUGAAGCAGCAGCUCUGGGGUGGGGCGGGGCGGGGGACGGAGGGAGAACAAGGCCUCAAUCGUCACCAGGAGAGUGCUAGCUUCUGGGUUAAGCACUGCUGCUCUGAAGACGCCUCUGUACGUGUGACUUCACUGGGUUCUGAGGAGGAAGAGAGUUUCCCUGGGCUGGAUGAGACCAGGAAGCUGCCCCUUGUGCAGUCACCAGCCUGGGGCAGGUGCCACAGCCCACAGUCAGUGUGGCCUCUUAAGGAACACUGCAAUGGACUCAGAGGGCAGCUGCUAGGCCAUGGGUCUGUCUCCUUUCUCACUUCUUGAAGCAGACAGACCUAAGUGAUGAUGCUUGUUCACCACCACCACAAAGCCACAGAAUCUGAGCUCUGCCGCUUCUUCGCUGCAGAGUCAAAUCCUUCAGUGCCGCAGCCUUUCCUUUCUUAUCUCUAAAGCAGGGGUAAUAAUCUGCGGCUCUGAGCAUGAUGGAAAGCUGAAAUGCCUAACAGCAAUGAGCAUGCCUCUCCACUGAAGGAAAUCAGGGUUCCUUGGAGAAAUGGCUGAUGCCAGGGCUGGGGCAGGGACAGUGCAGGCUGAGCCUGGAGAAUCUGCUAGUGCCAGAAAGUAAGGAAGCGCCUGCAGAUGAAUGAGGACGUGUCCGAAACCUCCCACUGGUCGCACUUGGGAUGUUUGAGCAUCAAAAUGAAUCACGAAUGCAAAACGAAGGACUCACGAUAUCCUCACCGCCCUCCUCGCAAAGGCAAGACCCGGGGAGGCUCGUCUUUGUGGAAUGCCGGGUCACGUGGAGGAGAUUGGGUAACAGCGGGUUCCAGCCAAGAUGCUAUUGCAGUGCUUCUCAGACUUCACUGCGCAUACGGUACGCCAGGGGGACUUGUUAAAGGGAACACUCCGGUUCAGCCGGUCUGCAGUUUUUUCUCUCCUCCAGGCUCUUGGAAGACUGUGAUGCAGCUGCCCACAGACCUCACACUGAAUAGCAAAGAAUGAUGGAUAGUAAAGGCACCGUGCAAAAAUUUCAACAACUUUUUGCCUUGCCACAGUGACCGCGAUUGCCCUGCAGAUGACUAAGAGAAAAGUGACCUUCCUUUCCAAGAGAUCUGGCAAACACGACUCAGACCCGGCGGUCAAGCCUAACACAGCUGCGGUGCGGUGGGAAGGCUCAGCCUCCCUCUGCAGGACUCUUGCCAAAGCAGCCUUUAACAUGAACUUCCUCACAAGGAAACAAUCAGAUGGAUCCCGAGUGUGGGGCAUUCUCCAAGUGAUUGGUUUGCGCUCUUAAAAAGAUACCAGUAUCACGAAAGAAAAAAAAUGGAUAACAUUGAUAAAUAGGCAUACGGGGAAUAUUCUGGACUAAAGGAACAAGAGACCUGACAAUCAGAAGCGAUAUGUGAACCACAGUUGGAUCCUAGACCCAGACAUAAAGGGCAUUUGGGGGGCACCCGAGGAUAUUUGAACGUGGACCGUGUGGUAGAUGGUUCUCCAGAAGCUGGGGAAGGCAGAUGAGACCAAGGAUGAGCAGUUUGAGCAGUGCGUCCAGAAUUUCAACAAGCAGCUGACUGAGGGCACCCGGCUGCAGAAGGAUCUCCGGACCUACCUGGCCUCCGUCAAAGCCAUGCACGAGGCUUCCAAGAAGCUGAAUGAGUGUCUGCAGGAGGUGUAUGAGCCUGAUUGGCCCGGCAGGGAUGAGGCAAACAAGAUCGCAGAGAACAACGACCUGCUGUGGAUGGAUUACCACCAGAAGCUGGUGGACCAGGCGCUGCUGACCAUGGACACGUACCUGGGCCAGUUUCCCGACAUCAAGUCACGCAUUGCCAAGCGGGGGCGCAAGCUGGUGGACUACGACAGUGCCCGGCACCACUACGAGUCCCUUCAAACUGCCAAAAAGAAGGAUGAAGCCAAAAUUGCCAAGCCUGUCUCGCUGCUUGAGAAAGCCGCCCCCCAGUGGUGCCAAGGCAAACUGCAGGCUCAUCUCGUAGCUCAAACUAACCUGCUCCGAAAUCAGGCUGAGGAGGAGCUCAUCAAAGCCCAGAAGGUGUUUGAGGAGAUGAAUGUGGAUCUGCAGGAGGAGCUGCCGUCCCUGUGGAACAGCCGUGUAGGUUUCUACGUCAACACGUUCCAGAGCAUCGCGGGCCUGGAGGAAAACUUCCACAAGGAAAUGAGCAAGCUCAACCAGAACCUCAACGAUGUGCUGGUCGGCCUGGAGAAGCAACACGGGAGCAACACCUUCACGGUCAAGGCCCAGCCCAGUGACAACGCGCCUGCAAAAGGGAACAAGAGCCCUUCGCCUCCAGAUGGCUCCCCGGCCGCCACCCCCGAGAUCAGAGUCAACCACGAGCCAGAGCCGGCCGGCGGGGCCACGCCCGGGGCCACCCUCCCCAAGUCCCCAUCUCAGCUCCGGAAAGGCCCACCAGUCCCUCCGCCUCCCAAACACACCCCGUCCAAGGAAGUCAAGCAGGAGCAGAUCCUCAGCCUGUUUGAGGACACGUUUGUCCCUGAGAUCAGCGUGACCACCCCCUCCCAGUUUGAGGCCCCGGGGCCUUUCUCGGAGCAGGCCAGUCUGCUGGACCUGGACUUUGACCCCCUCCCGCCCGUGACGAGCCCUGUGAAGGCACCCACGCCCUCCGGUCAGUCAAUUCCAUGGGACCUCUGGGAGCCCACAGAGAGUCCAGCCGGCAGCCUGCCUUCCGGGGAGCCCAGCGCUGCCGAGGGCACCUUUGCUGUGUCCUGGCCUAGCCAGACGGCCGAGCCGGGGCCUGCCCAACCAGCAGAGGCCUCGGAGGUGGCGGGUGGGACCCAACCUGCGGCUGGAGCCCAGGAGCCAGGGGAGACGGCGGCAAGUGAAGCAGCCUCCAGCUCUCUUCCUGCUGUCGUGGUGGAGACCUUCCCAGCAACUGUGAAUGGCACCGUGGAGGGCGGCAGUGGGGCUGGGCGCUUGGACCUGCCCCCAGGUUUCAUGUUCAAGGUACAGGCCCAGCACGACUACACGGCCACUGACACAGACGAGCUGCAGCUCAAGGCUGGUGACGUGGUGCUGGUGAUCCCCUUCCAGAACCCUGAAGAGCAGGAUGAAGGCUGGCUCAUGGGCGUGAAGGAGAGCGACUGGAACCAGCACAAGGAGCUGGAGAAGUGCCGCGGAGUCUUCCCCGAGAACUUCACUGAAAGGGUCCCAUGACGGCGGGGCCCAGGCAGCCUCCGGGCGUGUGAAGAACACCUCCUCCCGAAAAAUGUGUGGUUCUUUUUUUUGUUUUGUUUUCGUUUUUAAUCUUUUGAAGAGCAAAGGGAAAUCAAGAGGAGACCCCCAGGCAGAGGGGCGUUCUCCCAAAGAUUAGGUCGUUUUCCAAAGAGCCGCGUCCCGGCAAGUCCGGCGGAAUUCACCAGUGUUCCUGAAGCUGCUGUGUCCCCUAGUUGAGUUUCUGGCGCCCCUGCCUGUGCCCGCAUGUGUGCCUGGCCGCAGGGCAGGGCUGGGGGCUGCCGAGCCACCAUGCUUGCCUGAAGCUUCGGCCGUGCCACCCGGGCAAGGGUCCUCUUUUCCUGGCAGCUGCUGUGGGUGGGGCCCAGACAGCAGCCUAGCCUGGCUCUGCCCCGCAGACGGUCUGUGUGCUGUUUGAAAAUAAAUCUUAGUGUUCAAAACAAAAUGAAACCAAAAAAAAAAAGAUAAAAACUCUCAGAAAA